AUGUCCCAAUUCGGAAACUUUCAUGACUUUUGUCGCGAUUCGACAUUGCCAGUAUGCAACCUUUUCAGGAAUGGAACGGAUCCGAUGGUGGAGAAGCGGUGUCAAUUGAUUGGAAUCGCGGUCAACAACAGUGAUAAUUAUAUAAGGAAUUUGGGUUCAAUUGUACUAGCUGCGCUCGCGGUGUGUAGUUCAAUAGGGUUGAUACUCAAGUCUGAAAGGAAAAAGGCCGCAGUCGGACGAAGGGAAAUCCAGAUAUUCCUCAUUGGCUACAUCCUCAUGUCAAUCACCGAGAUAUUCUCUGUCGGCGGCUUCCUCACAAACCAGACCAUUCUCGUAUGGUUCUCGGCCCUCCAUAUUGGCGCCAUAACAGCAACCGCAUGGGUACUGAUGCUUAACGCUGUUGUCGGCUACCAGCUCCUGGACGACGGGACGCCUCUCUCGCUUGGUCUGGUGGGGUCUUCGUUUUUGGCCUUCUUUGUUGGCACGACGUAUGUUGCCGUGGAUACGGGGUUCAACUACACAGGGGCCUUCACAAAGGACCCAGACAACAUUAGGAACUACGCGCUGUAUGUGCUGUAUCUGCUGUUCCCGCUCAUAAUGAUUGCGGCAUAUGUCAUCCUGGAAUCUGUACUGGUGAUCAAUGUGCUGGGAGAAAAGAUACCAAUGAGACGUCUCAGUGCUGCAGCACUCUCAUUUGCUGUCGGCCAGAUCUUCAACUUUGUCAUCAGCGUACAUCUCUGCGAAGCAACAAACGGAAAGAUUGACGGUGCUCUCUUUGAGACUGGGUUUACACUGCUUGCGGUGAUCUUGUUGUGGUAUUUCUGGAGCAGCAUCACGGAGGAUGAGUGGCCAGAGGACACAAUGCGGCCAAUGAGCGAGGUGUACCCUUGA